CGCAGGCUUCGAGGAUGAAAAACGCAGUCCGCCGGAGCCCGCGAACGAUCGGGAAACCUGUCCGAUGACCCUUACUGGAUCAGAUGGAAAAUGGUGGCCGUUCAAAUCCCGUCCCGACGCGCCCGACAGAAUCUCGAGCGAACAAUGCCGCCAUCUUGGAAUUCGAUUGGGGCAGACAUUCGGUCGUCUGGGUGAUUCCUUUUUUGAGACGAACGAUCCGCGGGAUGAGAAUGCGGUCAUGAAUCUUAUACAAUUCUUAGAGACGCGUAGUCAAUACAGAGAUCUGCUGCAGGAGGACGUACACGAGAAACAGAAUCAUUUCAGAAAUAUGCUAAUGGAGAUAGAGCAUGAGAACGCAUCCUUAAAAUGUUGCAACGACGAACAAAAAAAGAAGAUCCGCAUAUUGGAGAGUCGUGUCUGCAAAUUGCAAAACAACAUCGAUGGCUUGCUGUACAAAUUGAACAGUGCAUGUGACGCUAUGAGGAAUAUGCAACAGGAAUUGAAGGAUAAAGACAGACAGAUACAACAACAUAUAUUAGAAAAGGAAAGACUAAUGCAGAGAUGCAAUAUUAAGAUACAAGCAGAGACCGAUAGAAUGACUCAGGAAUUAGAGACGAAACUGCGCGAACAACAUGAACGAUUGAUGAGCUACAUUAAAGAAAAAGAUGAUAAAUUAAGAAUAGUAAAACAAAUAUUGACUUCAACUCGUGAAGAUACCUCCGAUAAUGUCAACCUACCAAUCGCUUCGAGUACGAGAAUAGAAGCCACGGAAGAAACGAUUUUGACAACACCCAAAGAUAAAUCUUCCACAUCCAUCAAUCCUCAAGUUUCUAAAAACUCUUGCUGGCACCAAAUCCAUCAAACAUGUUCUCGCGCAGGGACCAAUUCCAAUGAUAUCCCAAAAAAGACUACAGAGCAACCUGGCCCGUCGACAAUGAAAGACAAACCUUCCUCAGCAAUGCCUAUCGGUUCUCACAUUUCCAAGAUUUCACGUGACCAAAUUCGCCAGACAUCGCCUUUAUGCGCGAAAACCAAUUCCAAUGAUGUCCAAGAAAAACCCGUGAAAGAACCAGAUCUGAUGACAAUCAAAGAACAUUCUGCGACUUCAGACUCAAAAACUAAAGUCUCGGAGAAACUAAAUUCGACGACGUCCGUUGAUUCUCUAUCGUCGUCUGCAAUUACGUCACUCAAUACCACAAUUACUAUCAAAACCAAAUCUGAUACAAAAAUAGCGAAGAAAGAUAAAAUCCCAGUGGUGAAUCCGAGAUAUCGGCGAUCACAGAAUGCAGAUAGAUGGAUAGAUCAUCGUCCCAUCGGAAUCGUUCCGACUGGCACGAUCUUGCAACCACAAACGCAGCCUCAUAAACGAACCAUUCGAAAGUUGACAAAUCCGAAAGACUUUGCGGCCAAAUCCUCCAGGUACUGCCUUUUCUCGCAGGAACAGGACGUGGACGGCGAACUUGAGACCAAGUUGUACAAGGCUGACGUAUUACCGACUUGCGGUGGAGGAGCGCAGAUUGUAUUUAACGAUAUAGAAUGCCUAAAGCAGGUAUCUCCAACUGCUGCAAAAUGUAACGGACGGACAAAAGUGAACAAUCGUCCAAUAGAUACGAUAAAUCUUAUGUAAAUCGCUUAUAAAAAUCUUCAUGUAAGAUAUAACUCGUAAAAGUCACAGAGUACUUUUUCUCGUUUAUUUAUCGUUAUUUAUUUAACAGAGAGAGUGCCAUUUUAGUUUCUUGUCUUUCGUACAGAUACCUUGAAAUUCAACGCAGACGACACAGUUUUGUAAAUAAUCUCAUGUAUAUUAGAAAUUAAAAAUAAUAAUUUAUUUUUCGUAUUUUUGCGUGUCGUUGUGUAACUUCUGACGCGCGUCGAUUCCAAGGUAUUUAUACGUCAUAAUGUAUAAGCUGGAAGACGGACUCUGUAUAUGUCAAGAUGGUGAGCUAAAUCAGAAAGAAAAAAAAGAAUGCAACAUUAUCUUACACAUAUAAUAAAGCUGCACAAAUGACUUUGCA